GAGGGCUGGGGCAGAAGCGCUGGCAGCCGGGGCGUGUGUUCUGUCCCUGCAUCCAGGGCCCAGCCCCUGGCGGGAGCGCCUUGCUCAGGCUCGGUGCUUGCUGGGGCAGCGGUGCAGGCCUUGCCUCCUGCCAGCUGCCGGGGGCCCUCUCCUUCCUGCUGCCACAUCCCCGUGGCUCCUGCCCCGCACUGGCUGCCUCCAUUCCGCCCCUACUGAACCCCUUCUGUGUGUCCUCUUGCAGACCAUGGCUUUAUUGUCAUUGCUCUUCGUGCUCGUGCAAAGCCUGAUCCAGUACCCCCAGCCAGCUGGGGAUGGGCUGGAUGAGGCCACGCACCGGCGAAUGCAGGAGCGUGAGGAGCUGCUCGACCGCGAGAUGGCUCGGCUGCUGCAGGAGCUGGAGCAAGGGCCCCCGGAGCAGCAGGACGAGGGCUGGGGAGCCCUGCUCUUUGGUGCCCUGCAGCAGUGGCCAUUCUGGGCUCUUGCUGGACUCCUGCUCCUCUUGGGCCUGUGGUUUAGCCGCAGGAGAAGGAGCCCUGAAGCCAACAGCAGCGGCAAGGACCAGAGCUCCUGCAAGACCCUAGGAGAUGAGAGAGGAAAAGAACAGCAAGAAGACACUAUUGAUUCAAAGGAAGAUGGAGAAAACAAUAAUAUGACUGUGGAGGCAGAUGACAGCGGUAAUGAAAAUGAAGGAGAAGGCAGUCCUGUGGCUGCAAAUGAAGGAGAGGAAGAUGAUGCCAGUGAAGGAAAUGAAGAUGUGAAGGUGAAGGAAGACCAAAACGUGAAGAAUGAAGAUGCCUGCGACUUAAAGAAAGAUGAAGGACGGAGUGAUGGGAAUGUGCCAGGAGGCAACACUGCUGAAGGAAAUGAAGAAGAACCUGGUGGAACAAGACCAUGA